AUGGCGCCAAUCGACCAUGCCGCCGCCAAGGCCGAGAAGAAGGCGAAAAAGGAAAAGAAGCGAGCCCGCGAAGAGGAAGCCGGCGCCGAUACCGAGCGAAAGCAUAAGAAAUCCAAGAGCGUCGUCGCUGCAGAGGUUCCCGCGACUGAGCCCGAGAAGAAAAAGAAGAAGAGCAAGAAGGAUAAGCACGACGAUGGUGCUGUCAAGCCAUUAGAAAGCGAACCUGCUGCGGUCGAGGAAGCUAAGCCUGAGAAGAAGCAUAAGAAGAAGAAGCACGAUGCUGCGCCUGAGGAGACAGCUGCUCCUGUAGAGGGCGAGAAGAAAAAGAAGAAGAGCAAGAAGAGCAAGGAUACCGAAGAGACAGAUAAUUCCGAAACUCAGAAGCAGACCGAAGAAGCUGCGCCUGUUGAUGCUGAUGCUAUGGAUAUCGACAUGCCACCUCCCGCCAAACCAUCAAAGUCCAAAGACGACGUCUACCAACCUCCCGACAUCCCCGCGAACCCUCAAUUCCCCUUCUUCACCCAGACCGUGUCGCUUUACGAGCCUCUAUUCCCCAUUGGCUGGGCGCAGCCCGUCACCAACUGCCAGUACCAACAUCUGCAACACCACCUGAACAAGUAUGUGCCUUCGCUGCGCGGUGUUCUCCUCGAGUAUAAGAACGUCGCUUUCGGCGAAAACCCUGGUCGCAAUGGCGCUGCUACGACUGACGAGGAGCCCGCGACUGUCAUGUCCAAGGCUGAGGCUGCUGUUGGUUGGGGAUGGAUCACUGCUGAUGUAGAUCUUUUCGUGCCAAGCCGUGGUGCCUGGAUGGAGGGAAGUGUCAACUUGCAGACCGAGGGACACAUUGGUGUUGUUUGCUUUGGAAAGUUCAACGCUUCGAUCGAGGCUCGUCGAUUGCCUCCUGACUGGAAGUGGGUUCCUAAUGAGUCCUCCGAAGCUCAGGGCUUCGAAGAGACCGCCUCAGUCAUCACCGCCGACGACCACGGUGUAGUCCGCCAAAUCCACAGCACCGGUUUCUGGGCCGACGGCAACGGCGAUAAGGUUAAGGGCAAGAUUCGCUUCAGAAUACGCAACUUCGACGUCGGCACUAGCGGAGACAUCAGCUAUCUGAGUUUGGAGGGCACCAUGCUGGACAAGGCUGGUGAGAAGGCCGUCGUGGCCGAGGAGGCUGAGACCGCCAGGAUGCGACAGGGCAAGAAGGGCGGCCAGCGCAUUCGCAGAAGACAAAUCCCCGAGUUCGCCAUGACGCGCUUCGCCGUGGACGAGGAGCAGGAGCAGACGGAGGCGAGCGACAAGGAGAAGCUUGAGGCGUUGGCGCUUCCCGAGGAUCAAUAA